GAAAUUUUAUGUGGAUUAAAACAUAGUUUAUCUAAAGGGAUUAAUCGUCAAAUCAAUAUAUUGCUUCAAACUAAUCGACACGAUUUUACUGAUCGGUUCUUAUAGGUGAAUGACUGAAUUCACUAAGUGACGAAAGUUAAUCACUUUAUUUAAAAUCCCGGUUUAGAUAUUUUUUUUAUAUAAUAAGUGAGUGUUGAUGUAAAGUUUCGUGUUAAUUUUUUGUUAUGGAAUAUUCUAAGUACCAGUAUUCAUAAUUGUAUCACUUAUAUCAUGACGUUGGAAAAAAUGUUUUCGAAAAAAAGUCUUAUGUAUAGUCGUUAUGUUAUAAACAAAGCUUGAAUAUUUUCAGUGAUUCAAAGUGAAAUUUUCAAUCCAAUAUUUCAUGCGAGCAUAUUAAAGCAAUCUAAACCCAAAAAUAUUAACUUGCGACGAUUUUGUCUUUCUUGAGCACUCUUAUUAAAUUUUUACAUUCGCAUAUACGACAAGCCUGCGUUUUCUGUUCAUUCUUUAGGCGAAUACAACAUUUUGUUACUGACAACUGGAUGUGCAAUUUUGAUUUUAUAAAGGAUUUGAAAGUUGUGUUAAACCGGAAUGUCUUUUUAUGGUCUAUAGAGCGCAGAAGUUGCUAUUCACUGUUCAGAAACAGGUCGUUACUGAUGUAGUGCCCAGAAACACUGGUUGACUAAAAUCUGUUUUUUGGACGCUAGGUUUCAUUGUUCCACACACAAACAUAAAAAAAAGCAGUUUGCUAAUCACAUGGACAAUAAAUAUAAUUUUUAUUAACACUUACGCGCACUUUAGAACGACUAUUUUUAAUAAAAGAAAUGUCGUCUGCUAAACCGGAAGAUGAUAUUACAACGCUGAUGACUGCCUUGAAAGAAUUGAACAACACAAACUAUCAAAAGAAAAAGGCACCCAUUAAGAAGAAAAUAAGGAAAAGGCACAGGAAACCCAGGAAGUCAGGCGUCGGUCUCCCAGCAGAAGAGGAUGACGAGUUUGAAUAUAGCUGGCCAAAAUGUGUGUGCGGAAUGGACCAUCCACCUGUACCAACUUUCAAACCACCUGACGGUAAAAGGUGCACAUAUUAUUGGCAAAUAGCAGAUUCGUUUCCGUUUAUGACACUACAUCGAGUGUUGUCUACAGAACUGAGAUUCAUAGAAGCAGACGAUGAUCAGAGCGGGUUAUUAGAAUUAGAAGAAUUGAAGACAUUGUUGAAAGGUAUCCUUGGUGAGAAGAAUGUAACGGACAGAAUGGUAGAGAAAACAUUUAAAGAAAUAGACACUGAUGAGAGCGGUACACUCGACUUCUCUGAAGUUCUGGGCAUUGUAGACGCCUUGGUCCAGAGAGAACACACAAAAUUACCGGAAACUUUACAAAAAGAGUAUUCUAAAGUCUGCUCAAUACAAUGACGUCACUGCUUUUUAUUUAUACAAGUAAUUUUGUUUUGCUUUUUUGUCCAAUCUUUUGAUGUUUAUGAUUUAUUUACAAUAGUUGUUUUUAUGU